AUCCCGAAAUAUCAGAUAAAUAGAGGUAAACUCCCUCUCGUUUUGUCAACAAAAACCCGAAGGGAAAAAAAUGGGGGAAGAAGCGAUUGCGAGAGGAGAAGAAAGAAUGGGAGAAGCGAUUGCAAGAGGAGCUGAGAAGAGGGUGAUGGUGGCCAUUGACGAGAGCGAUUGCAGUCAUUAUGCGCUCAUGUGGGUUCUCGACAAUCUCAAAGAUUCCAUAACCAACUCGCCCUUGAUCAUCUUCACGGCUCAGACUCCCUCCGCCGGCAACGUCAUCUUCUCAGCGUCGCUCGGCAAUGCUCGCAUGUACUAUCCUAUGUCUUCCAAUCAGGAGUUUGUUAACUCCUCCCAGGAAAAUCACAGGAAGUUAGCGUUGGGACUGUUGGAGAAAGCUAAAGAGAUCUGUGCUAAUCAUGGGGUAAAUGCAGAGACAGUCACAGAAGUAGGAGAUCCGAAAGCAGCCAUAUGUGACGCUGUCCAAAAACACAACAUCAAUCUGCUAAUUCUAGGCGAGCGUGGGCUGGGAAAAAUCAAAAGGGCAAUUCUUGGUAGUGUCAGCAACUACUGUGUUCAGAACGCCAAGUGCCCUGUCCUCGUCGUGAAGAAAUCACAAGCUGAAGGUGAAGUUGCUUGAGUGUGUUUUCAUUUGGAUGCUACUGGUAUCGAUUGAGACGAUGUAAGAAAACUUGGUGUUAACUUAUGACGGUUUAUAUGAACCUUGUGCUGUGAAAAAACUCUGUAGUGGAAAAGUAAGCGGUACGAUAUAUUAAGGUUUAUAUUUGUGAAACAAAGAUAAUUCUAGAACAAUACCUAA